UUUGCCUCAAGGGCGGAGAGCGCCGGCCGCUCUCAGCGUCAAUCUCCACCCGGCAGCCGUGCCACUCCCAGGUUGGGUUGGGCGGGGUGGAGAGGGCAGGGACAGGCCGCCAGGGGGCGCCACGGCUGGGCCCGGCCCGCGCCCCACGACCGGCGGUCACGUGAACCCGGGCGGAAGUGGAGGGGCUGGGGAAGCUUUGGAGACUCCUUAAAGUUUGCUGCUGUCUGAUCCCACAGAGGGAGAGGGGGGUGGGGUUGAUGCCUCCCCUCAGUUCCGUUCACUGAGACCUGCCCCUGCAACCUCAUUCUCCCAGCCCCAGUUUAUCACCACACCCACCCAUCCAUCCAUUCAUUCAUUCAGCAGAUAUCCAAGUCAGAGCAGCUCUGGAGCCACUAUGGCUUUCCCCAUGAGCAUCCCACUCUACACCAUAAUUGUGGAAGAUGAAGAGGAGGAGGAGGAGGAGGAGGAGGAGGAGGAACAGCAGCGAAUGGAAGAAAAGAGGAUAAGACAGCAUGGCAAAAGACACCAUCCUACCAGGUACUACCCACCACAGCGCAUCUAUCGGCAACGCCGGUCCUUUGAGGAUCUGUCAGAAGAGCUCUGUAUUCGACGAGUGCGAUUAUCCAAGCGUGCCAUCGCAAAUCUGUGUGACCUCCUCCGUGAAGACCUUCAGCCACACUCCACUGCCAGGACGGCAUUGUCAGUCGAAAUGAAGGUGACCACCGCCCUGAAUUUCUUCGGCACUGGGUCGUUUCAGGGGGCGACGGGGAACAUGUGCAACAUUAGCCAGGGAGCGGUGAGGGCGGCUAUUCAGCAGGUGACAGAUGUGCUCUUCAACAAAGCUGCGGGAUUUAUCAACUUUGGCAUUGCAGCCAGGCAGCAGAAGGAAAGAGCCAAGGACUUCCAUUGCAUUGCUGGGUUCCCCAAGGUGCAGGGUGUUAUAGGAGGGACACACGUGGCACUGAAGGCGCCCGCAGAGCAGCCACUGAUAUUCGUGAACCGGAAAGGGUUUCACUCGUUGAAUGUUCAGCUUGUCUGCGAUGCCCAUCAGAAAAUCCUGUAUGUAAAUGCCAAGCAUGCGGGCAGCUGUCACGAUGCUGUGAUUGUACAGCACUCGACACUCCCUGACCUCUUCCAUGAGGACAACCACGUGCAAGGCUGGCUCCUCGGAGACCAGGCAUACACACUACAGACCUGGCUCAUGCCUCCGCUCAGCCGCCCGAGAACCAAGGCCGAGGAGGCGUACAACCAGGCCCAGGCGGCGACGCGAGCUGUGGUCAAGAGGGCUAUAAAACUGUUGAAAAGUAGGUUUCGCUGCCUGGACAGAUCCAGCGGGGCUCUGCAGUAUAUGCCUCAGAGGGUAGCAAGGAUUGUGAUAGCCUGCUGCGUGCUGCACAAUUUUGCUCUACAGGAAGGCCACCUUUUCAACAUAGACGAUGAGGAACCACUGCUCCCGGAGGAAAGGGAGCUUCAGGCCCCGGCGCUGGAAGGGGAUGACCAGGAGGGUUCUUCGCUGGAUGUGGCAAGGGCCAUCCAAAAGCGGAUUGUGCAGGAAGAGUUCAGUCACUGACAGCGAAUCUCAGCAUCCUCCUGCAGUGCUAGAAAGUGAGCACUUCGGACCACUGUUGGCCUUAAGACCUGACUGCUGAGCAGUCCACAAUGCCCAAAUACCACUGUGAAAAUAUUUAUCACCAGAGGACAAACGUUCACACCAGUAGAGUGUUCCCUUCCUUCAAUUACCUUAAUAUUCAUAAAUGAAGGGACACAAUUAGUGAAAAAUAUACAUUAAUAAAAAUACGUUUUUCAGUCGAAGCAAAUUAACAUCAUGCUUGUAAUCUGGACCCUGAUUCAUCUUUGUGGCAAAUUGUCUUUAUCUCAUUCACGUGUUUGUGCCACCCCAGAACUGGGCUGGUAAGCAAAGGAUGACGGUGAUCCCAUGCAGACAAGAUGUGAGUUAGUGGAAGCACUGCUGCUUGCUUCUUCGGAGGGAGCUCUGUGCAACCUGUUUCCCGCUGACGCCAUCUGCAGAUAGUGUAACGUGAGGAAGACUGGCCAGUGCUGCUCUGACAGAAAUCUGCAGGCAGGCAGACUCCAGUCAUUUUCUCGAGCUGAGUCUCCUUUCUGUACGUUUCGAAUGUGACACAUCGGAACUUGCACCAGCCCCAAUGUGACUUUCCCAGGAAACUUGGAAGAAAUUAGCCUUGUUGGUAUACUGUAACUUGCUGAUGCAAUAGUCAAUAGGAUUUUCAUUGUCUUAUUUGCAUUGUUUUAGAUAAUUAGACAGUUUGCAAACUGCUCUUUCAACAGCAUUCUUAAAUAUAGAUCAUUGUUUAUAUAAUUAAAAUUUAUAUUAAGUCGUAAAGCUAAAUGUUUUGCAAACGUAUAGAAAGUACCUGUUACUAAUCAGGAGGUGUAUUAUGUGAUGAAUUUAUCAACUCCAGGGUGCAGUGAAUGAUCUAAUCUGUUACUCAUCUCUGAGCUAAAUUGGUAUGGGCACGACAGUAUAUUACUUUGCAUAAAACACACAAAUUUUCACUUAUGGUUUAUAGAUACCAUGUUAUUUGUGUUAUGUGUAUGUUUUUAAACAUUGAAUCAAUUUGUGUGCAAACUGUGCCACAUAUUGACCACAGAACCCAACAAAUGGUGUUUGUCUGAUUGGAAGUUUCGAGUCCUCUCUGCUCGGUUAUUAACCUGGAUGGGGCUCUCAGCUGUCUGCCAGUCAUCGUGGAUCAAGUCCCACCCCGAGACAAAGGCAUAUAACUUCGGCCAAAAUUCAUGUGAGGCAUUAAAGCAGCGCUACACUGCAAAAGAUGAGUCUUUCGGGUGGGAAGUUGCAGCCCUGUCCUUUCUACUAAACAAAGCAGAAGGUGGAUGUUAACCUAGUAAAUAUUUACUCCUUGACUAAAAUAUCAGAUUUAGUUAUCCAUGUAGAUGUCUUUUGGCUUUAUCCGGAAUGGAUUCACUGUGUCCUGUACGUUUCAGUAGUAGUAUACUUAACUGAUAUCAAGGAAUUUCAGAUAAUCCGUGGAUGUAAAUGGUGGAAAUUAAAUGCUCUUCCUUUUGUUCAUUCUUUCACACGCGCUGGCAUUAGGAUGGAAUGUGAUUGCAUUAGGAUGAAUGUGAUUGCACUUUGGGUCAAUGAACUGUUUACACGGCAUGCUUAUUGACAGUGCCUUCUUCAAAGUGGGUAUUUAAAAGCUGAAAAAGAAGUUAAGGUUGUAUUUCUUUAUCGGAAGUUUUCGCUCAAGAAAGUGAUUAACCUGCUGUGAAUUUAUGUUGGUUAUUUUCACUUUUUCAGAAUUAUCAUUCUUUAUUUUGUUUUCAUAUUGCUUUACUGAGGCUCCUGAUGUAGUAACUUCUAAGCCCAACAUUUAAUGCUAUUUAUAAAUCUGUAGUGCAGUGCAAUAUUUCAAGUUAAUCUGUGCUAAUAUUUUUUGGGAUGUGUGAAGGAUUCCUGCGUUCUGACAAGGACCAUUCUGUCUGUGAUAUCACAUUCCUCCUCUUCCUAUACAGCUUCGGAAUAGCGGCACCUUGACGGCCCAUCUCCAUUCAGAGCCCUGAAAGUCACUUCAGCAAGAGAAUGUACAGCUAGUCUGUAAAUUAAUUGAAGUAACUUUAUUCAAAUCAUAGAUCAGUUAGCUGCACAUGGCAGGGUCUCCCCAUGUUGGAGAAGUCCAAUACAGUGCAAAUACAUAAACAUUACUAUAAUUUUUUUUAAAUUCUUAGUGAGAACAAUAAUCUAGAAAAGUUUCAGUCAGGUUUUAGAGCAAACCAGAGCGUGGAGACAACCCUUUUCAAAAUUGUCAGUUCUCAGGCUCAGCACUGAUGCCAGCAGGGUUUCUGUUCUAAUUCUUCUAGAUCCAAGUUUUGCCUUUGGCAUGAUUGACCACGCCGUUCUCCUAGAUCGCCUUGACAACUGGCCUGGCCUGUCUGGUAGUGCCCUUAAUUAACUUUGCUCAUAUAUCUCGCAGCAAAAAUUAUUUGUCUUGGAAACCAUUUUUUCUAAGAGAUACGAUGUACCUUUUGGUAUUGCUCAGGAAAGCUGUCUUGGUCCCCUACCCUUCUUAUACACGCUUCUUGUAGGAGACAUCAUUAACGAGCAUAAACUUGCUAUGCAGAGGACACACAAUUGUAUAUCUUGGUUGAGCCUGACGACGAUAACAUCCUAUCUUCUCUGACUUCUUGCAUGGCUGCAAAAAUCAGUUAUUUCCUAAAACUAAAUGAAGAUAAAACUGAAAUACUUUUGGUUGGUUACAAAACCAAAAGAGAUAAACUCCUGAUGAACCUGGGAACUUAACUCUCCUUGUAAAAGCAGAAGUAACUAGUCUGGGUGUUAUCCUUGGUCCGGAUUUGAAUUUUAAAUUUCACUUCAAAUGACCAGAGCAGCAUUUCUAACUUAAGAAAUAUUGCAAAGGUCUGUCCAUUUCUGUCAUGUAACAAUGCUAAAAACUAAUUCACUUUAUAUCGAAUAGGUUAGAUUACUGCAAUGCACUUUUUACUGGUCUUCCAAGGCAAUCUAUUGAGAAACUUCAACUCAUUCAGAACACCACUUAAAGACUUGUAACCGAAACCAGGAUAAGGGAACAUAGCACUCCGGUCCAAGCUACUCUACACUGGCUUCCUGUAUCUUUUAGAAUUGAUUUUAAAGUUCUCUUACAUGCUUUUAAAGUUCUCAGUGGUCUGGGGAGGGAGCACAUCAGAGAAUCAUUUUCAUUUUAUAAUCCUGCUUGACCUCUCAGGUCUUCCACUGCUCUCCUAAAUUUAAACAAUCUCCCUCAAAGGAAAAUUGGCAGGUCAGCUUUUAUUUUUGAUUACAUUCCUAAAAUCUAAAACUAUAAAUGCUGCUGACUCAGUUGUCACUUUUAUAUGCAGCUCAAAAUCCAUUUAUUUAACCUUGCUUUUAACUAACAUCAGUUUGUCUUUUAUUUCAAUGUUCUUAUUUUCUCUCAUUGUAAAGCACUUUGAACUACAUCGUCUACAUAAGUAAGUACUCUGUAAGUAAGUUUGUUGUUGUUGCAAAACAGGAAUGAAGUAGUGUUCAUGGACUGUCCUGGAGUCUCUCCCAUUCUCAUUCGUGACCUCUACAGACCGCCUAAUACAGUCUAUCCUGUUCUUCAAGUGCUGUCUUGUCUGUCCAUUGACAUCACAGACUUAAAAUGUGUGCUGUGCAUUGACUUUUUGAAAAAUAGACAUUUUUGACAGACCUCUGUAUUUCAGGUUGAAAGUGUGAUCAGAGGUUACAGACCUGAAAUCGCAUCCUUCUUUCCACAGGUGUUGCCUGCCCUGCUGAGCAAGUUCUGUUUUUACUUCAAAUUUCCAUCAUUCACAGUAUCUUCAGUUUGUUUUCAUCAUCAGUAAACCUAUCAUAUGUGAACUACACUCCCCGAGCUCUAUCAUUUUCCUCCUCUUCUGCUCUUUGCAUUCUAUUUCUAUGACAUUAUUGUAAAGUGAAUUAUUUGUUCAACAUGUUUGCUCCUACUAGAACCUUACUUGCACUUUCUCACUGCAUUUUUAUAUUGUCAACUCUGAAUCCGCUUGGACUGCUCUAUACCGUUAAGACUCCUGAGUGAAUUUUGUACUGUUACUCCAGCACAGAAUUUCUGUAUGUGUGUGCGUUCCUCCUUCCGAUUGUUUACAACGGCAAAACAGAAAGAUGCAUUUCAGACAGCGGGAUCCUUGCCAGUUCACAGGAAAGCCAACCUGUUAGCCCCACUGCCUCUCUCCUUGUUUCCUGCAACUCGUUUUUUCUCACCUCGACCUGCUUGAAGUAGGAUGAUGCCACUUCGUUGGCCUCCAAAGGUUUGCGCUUCCCUUGCUGGGCCCUCCACAACGUUUGUUUUUUUUCCCCACUGCUGCUGUUGGUUUGCUUUGUGAGCUCAAAAGCUACAAAAAAGGAAGACAAAUCCACAACGCCUCAUCUUCGGUAAGCUAUUAGCAACUGUCUACAUCUUAAUGGAAGGGGCUAUCACUUCUAAUAUCAUUGCUUCCUUGAUUUCAAAUGUGUUUAGCUGGGUAGGCUUAAAAAUAUACAGAAUAGUAUCAGAAGGAGAGUAUUCAUUGCCCUGGAGGCUGCUUUGCCAUUCAGUGAGUUACGGUUAAUCUUCUAUCUUGGCACCAUUUUCCUGCUCUGUUCGUGUACCCCUGGAUUUCCCGAGCAUCUAGAGACCCAUCGACCUGUGACUUGACUGAACUCACUUAGCCUCCACAGCUCCUCUGGCAGAGUAAUCUAAAGGCUUGAAUGAAAACACUCCUGUUCAGAAAGCUUGCCCUUAUUUUGAGAGGAUGAUCCCUCCUUCUGCACUCCCCAGCGAGGAGAAACCUCCCAAGUUCACCUUCAAAGAAUGAGAGAAUGUGUCAUGUAUGUAUUGUGACUUCAAAAGCAGGUCAGUGGUCAAGUGACUUACAGCCCAUGGCUUGCUCGUCUUGGCCCAGAUCAAGAGUAUUAUGGAAUACGUCCUCAUUAUUCUCUGGAGGUAGGGGUAUGGAUUUUCUGCAGAUGACAAAAUAAAAUAGAUAUCAUAAAGGGCCUGUCUUUAGCACACAAUACAUCCUCAAAUAAACGCAGUUGGAAUAAUUUGUCAUGAAAGGAGGCCCUUCAGCCCGACUUGUAGAUGCUUUUCAGGAAGCCCAUCUAAGAUGAUCCUUUUUUGUGGUUUAUUUUGCUUUGCUGAGCAUUGUGGACAUGGUACGUAGGUGCUGGAAUAUGUGACAACCCUUGCGGGCUGCCCCCAGCACACCUUCAGGUGUGUUGCCUGUUAACAUUAGUGACACAUUUCGGUGUAUAUUUUGAACUUCACGUGAUAAAUAAACUUGAAUUUUGAAUCUCAUUUGCCUGUAUUUCACCUAUCUGUAGGCUGCAGAAUGUUCUAAAAGCUUUAACAAUCCUUAAACACAUCAAAG